AUGGCGGGGAGAGUGAGCUCUGUCCCCUGCCAGGCCUCGGGGCACAGUGGAGGUGGGAGGACGGUGCGAGCGCAGCAUGACGGGGGAUCCCGAGGGCAGACCCCAGAGCUGGGAGCACCCACCACCCUGCUGCCCUCUGUCCCCCAAAGGAGUCCUGGAGAGGAGCGGGAGGGCCCCGUGGAAGGCAGAGAGACGCGUCUGAGAGUGGUGUUAAGGGUCCGGCCACUGACCUGCACGGAGACGCGGAGAGGUGACCAGCAAGUUGUACACAGCCUCGGUGACGGUGCCGUCCACGUAAGCGCGGCCAGGCACGAUGCCACCUUCGGCUUCAGCGCCGUGUUCGACGCCGGUGCCUCGCAGGAGGCUGUGUUCGAGGGCAGCGGGAUGAGGCAGCUGGUGGAGCUGGCAAUAGACGGCUUCUCCUGCACAGUAUUUGCCUUCGGGCAGACCGGCUCGGGGAAAACCUACACCCUGAUGGGACCCCUCGCCCAGCCGGCUUCCCCGGCCCUGCUGGGGCUGAUGCAGAGGUCCUUCACCUGCCUCCUGGAUCAGAGCCGCAGCCGUGGUUCUGACCUGGCUCUCAGCGCUUCCUACCUGGAGAUCUACAACGAACAGGUAAAUGCCUGCCCAGCCCCGGCUCCGGCCCUGGUGGCACCCCCGCUCCCCCGGUGCCUUCCAUCUCCUCAGAUCCGGGACCUGCUGAGCCCGGGGCCACCGUGCGCCCUGCCCCUGCGCUGGAGCAAAACCCGCGGCUUCUACGUGGAGAACCAGCUCAAUGUGGAAUUCGAGAGCCUGGACGCCAUCGUCAGCCUGCUCCUGCAAGGAUCCCAGAGGCGCCGGACCUCGGCACAUGCCCUCAACAGGCACUCGAGCCGCAGCCACGCUCUUCUGACCAUCCACAUCCGCAGCCGAGCCCCGGGAAUCCUCAAGCAGGGCACGCUGUGCUUCGUGGACCUGGCUGGCAGCGAGCGAGUGAAGGAGACCGGGUCCAGCGGGGAGCUCUCCGUGGAGGCAAACAGCAUCAACCGCAGCCUCCUGGCGCUGGGACACUGCAUCUCCCUGCUGGCCAAGCCCCGAGGGAAGCGAACGCACAUCCCCUACCGGGACAGCAAGCUCACCCGGCUGCUGGCUCGCUCCCUGGGCGGCUCGGGCAUCACCCUGAUGGUCGCCUGCAUCUCCCCGUCCUCACGCUGCCUCUCAGAGACUCUGAGCACGCUGCACUACGCCAGCCGUGCACGGAGGGUCACCACCAGACCCCUGGCCAACAGGGUGUCCCGGGAGAAGCUGCUACAAACCUUGGAGCAAGAAAUCCAUGCCCUGCAGCUGGAAAACCUCUCCCUGCGCCAGCAGCUGUGCCUGCCCAGAGUGCCUUUGAGGAGCAGGGAGGUCACAGGGAACACUCCAAAAGCAUGGGCGGGCUCGGGAGACAGGUACGGCCCUGCAGGGCAGCUCCCACCAGAGGGAACCCCAGCCUGGCCCAGCCUCUACGGUCUCCUGCGGGACUUUGUGGUGGAGAACGAGCAGAUGAGGCAGCCCCAUCUGUCCCCAGAGCUCAGUGGUGACAUCCCAGCUGGCGCAUCCCACAGAGUCAGCCGCAGCUGCUGUGACAGCCAGCCCCUGCUCCGGAGUGCCCGCACCCUCCAUGUCCCCCCCAGGCACUUGGUGAGGCACCGGCGGCCCGACACGACACCCAGCUCUGUCCCCCGGCUGCCGGUGCUGCCAGAGCCCCCCAUGCCACAGCCAGUCCCCCCCAAGGGAAGUGCUGGUCUUCUGUCACCUGGACAGGAGGACACAGCUCUGCCUGGCUCCCAUCAGCCCCAAGGGCACCCCCAGCCCCACCAGAGGAAGCGGAGCCAUGGCAGGAGCAGGAGCUUGUCCCAGCAGCACCCACUGCACCGGGAGCUGCCAGGCCCUGAGCGCGUUCCCAGCCCUGAGGGAAGGGUCAUCCCUUCAGCCCCACCGUGGCCAGGAUUGCCAGAGCCCAGAGCCGCCGGCACCGUCCCUCUCCUCCAGUGGGAAGAGGCAUUGGACUGGCUGGCAGAGCAGAUCUGA